AUGCCACGCGUUACGAAGUUUGCCCGGGCUCAGUCCGUGCGGUUCAAGGACAUGUUCGCAACUCCCACCAACAUCGCCCUCAUGCUCGGCUUUGCCGUGAGUGUGCCAAUCUCCGUCGGCCUCAACUACACUCGCGCGUACACCCUGAACGAAACCAUCUUCAAGACGGACAUUGACUCCCGAACGGAGGCUUUGUCACGCCUGGCCGCCAUCCCGGUGGUGUGCGCCUCCAUCAACUGGUUCGUGCAGCACCUUCGGAAGACUGUAUUCUUCUGGGAGAGACGGACCGAUGAAGACAGGUUUCUUCACAUCCACACCACCCGGCACGACUGGUGGGACUGGAAGUCUGUGGGCCUGAUGACUAUGGCCUCCCUGUUCCUGAUACGGAAUGCCUGUUGCCACAUGCUGGAGGACCACGUGUCUCAACAAGUGCACUUUUGCUUCACUGGUGGCAUGGUGCUUCUGGCAGUUUAUGGCUACUUCAUGGUGCUGGACAAGAUCGACGGCAACGUGCAGAACAUGAUCAUGGACCAGGAGAUCAUCAACCAGAGCAAGUGUGUCCAGAAGAUGCAGGACAUUGUGACAAAGAUCUCGCGGACCCAGAAGAAGGACCGGGAUAUCGUGUACAGCUUCGCGCACACGCACACCGUGCCGGCGAAGGUGCUCCACUACAUCUGGUCCAUCUACUACCUUGUAGGCAAGAUACUGGGUGCGCUGAUGGUGAUGGCGUACUUUGCACAAAUCGACGCCGACACCAUCAACCGCUUCGUUCUGGGCAGUCUGCUGCUCUCGGGGGCGGCCUCUGGCGGCUUCAUGCUCGAGCUCGGGCCAAGCACCAUCAGCCUGCUGCGAAUGUCCCUCUACAAGCCAUUCUACGUUGGGGAUCUUGUCACACUGAACCACACUGGGGCAUCUGGGAUGUCGAACGCCCUCGUGGGUUUCGUCGAGAACAUCACCAUGAUGUAUGUGGUGAUCCGCAACUUUGAGAUGAAGCAGGUCUGGGUCAGCCACAAGGCGUUCAACGAGCUGAUCAUCCAGAAUUGGACUCGAAGGCCCACGAAGACUGUCCUGCUGAACAUCGGCAUCAGCACACGGAGCCCUCUGCAGAAAGUCCAGAGGCUGCAGGAGUUUGGCAAGCGCUGGAUCAAGGAGUCGCCGGACAUCCAGCAGGACAACUACCAGAAGUGCCACAUCACGUCGACGAGCAACGGCUACAACAUCGAGAUCAUCUUCUUCCCCAUGGUGGGCGUGUCCCACAGGCAGAUCCGACAAAAGUUUCUGAUCGCCAUCAUGGAGGCAGCUCAGCGGCUAAAUGUGCCUUUCGUGCCCCUCCAAAUUAUGCAGAACUUCUGCGAAGACGUGGACCCAGCGGGCGGCGAGGUCAUGUCUGAAGCCACAGCCGUCGCCAAGGAGGUGGGGCUGGACGACCUGAUGCCAGAUCCGAACGACCUGCUGGAGAGGGGAAAGGAGUGA